AUGCGUCGAACAUCAUUUGAGACAGAGUCUGGAGACCACACACCUAGCCGCAAAUCCCGACGCAGGUCUGCCCCAACACCACGCUUCCAACGGUCGUAUGACCCGGAGGAACCGUUUGAUGAAACAUGCACCGAGCGGAGAAUUCAAUUUACUCCGCUGCGCCAAAUUCUAGAUACACGAACCCAGAGAAGAAUUAGGCGAAUCGGGUUGAGUGAUGAAAUCAAUAACAUUGAGCGUGAAAAACGGCAGACGCGCAACAUGGAAAGGACCAUGCAAGCUUUGCUUCAAGAGCGAGACUCCCUGAGAGAUGAACUCAGAGCUGUGAGGCAAAGUGGAAUGGGCUUUGAGGACCAAGUUUCAGUGGCUGAAUCCUAUUGGAUGACACCAAAUACACCCAGAUUUGGCGAGGAAAUUUCAGUGGUUUCUGAUCACAAUCUGGAUUACACCACCCCAUUUUCGAAUGGUGAUGGAGAGACUUUCGUGUUCAAUGAUAGUGCUAUCAUUGUCUCCAGCUCCCCUGAUUUCCGUGGAGCUCGAGGUCAUAAUCCACCCGUCACUGAUAGCUUGAUGUUAUCCGAUGAACCUCAAACGCCCACUCGCACCGCUCAAACGAAGAAUCCAGUCAACACAGAACAAUCUGAGAUCCAUUCCCUGACUCUUAACCUGGAAGCUGCCAGACAAGAAAAGAACGAAUUGUUCAAUGCAUGUCGAUCACGAAUCUCAGGGUUCAAUGACCCUACGAUCAGUAACAUUUUCCACCAGUCUUCUCCACCAUCGGAUUUCUUCAAGAAUCUUAUAGAAAUUUUGGAAAAUGCUCUCUCUCGUGCUUCUGAUGCUGCCGAGGCUCUUGAAGGAGUUGCACAACAAUGCUCCGGUCUAGGUUUCUCCGGGGACGGUAUUGACGAUGUCAUAUCGGACAUGCGGAGCCACUUCCGCUUAGCUCGUCUUGAGCUUGAGCGUGCACUGCCUGGUGAGACUGCCAACGUCAGCCUUGAGAACGGUAAGGCAACCUUGGGUGCGCUGGUACAGCGUGUUCAGUCACUUGCAAAAGAUCUGGGGACGGAGCGCCACUACCAUCACGGUUCUCUCGGGCGAGAAAAAGCUCUUCAAGGGCAGUUUGAUGAUUUAUUGCAUCGAUAUGAGACAGCUAUAAGCAAAAUCGACAGACUCGAGGAUUCAAUCGCAUCUUCCGCGGGAGAUACGCUCCAAGCAAGAAUACGAAUCCAAGACCUCGAGCGCGAAGUCCAAGAACAGGCUGUUGGGAUUGACAGAUUAAGCACGGCUCUCGACAAGUACCAAUAUGAGAUGAAGAAUCUCGAAAAUCUCGUCGAAAAUCUUGAAAAGCAGAACACAGCUAUAAAGGAGGACUACAGCCACCAGAUUUCUAAACUUAAGAAAGAAGUGGCCCAUGAACGCUCAAGGCGCUGUUCGGCUGAGGCUACUGCUACCAAGUCUGGGUCUCGCAUCCGAGAGUUGGAGAAAACCGUUGAGCACAACCGAAUUCGGGCUUGCGACUUGAUGGCUCAAGUGGAGCUUCUUGAGAAGGAAUAUCAAAGGGCCGUGGAGACCCUUGACCAAAACACCAGUGAACUUCAAACGCACGAAGUAGAGACUGGGACUCUCAAUAUUCGCAUUUCAGACCUCACCACAUCACUGCAUGGCGCCAAAUGUGAAAUGCGGCGUCUUCAAAAUGUCAAUGCAGGCCUUGAAGAACAGCUUCAGCUAGAAUUAGAAGCUCGAAAUGAGCUUCUGGAUAAGUGGGCAGCUGAUCAGGUGCGAUCGUUCACCCACAUGAAGGAGACUAUCGACUCGGAACGUCGCAGAGCCAAAGUUCGUGCGGCUAAUUGGGGGUUAAAAUCAGACGAUCUCAUGUCAGAUAACACUACCUUGGGCAUUGGGAGUGAACCCAUUACUCCCGUUAGCGCUCGAUAUGUUGAUGUCGAAGUCGGCCGUGGCAAAGACCGGCAGCGUCUGAAUAGUGUCGAGAUAUCAGCCGAAAUUUCGCAUGUCGGCAGCGGUAUCGGAUGCGAUCUACAUCUUCCCGCAUCAGAUUUGCCUUGA